AUGGGUGAUGUCUAUAUUGAAAAUGAAAUAUCUGAAAUGCCUCUCGCAGCGAAGGAUCUUGCGGUCAGAGAUGCUGAUAGAUACUCGGAUGAUUUGCUGGUCAUUUCUGCUGGACAGCAUUUAAGAUCAUUGAGAAACGGCAUUUGUAAAUCAUUUGCUGAAGGUUGUUCAUCAUCUUCAAAACCUUGUAACCCUGAAACCUGUGAAAGAAGAUCCUCAGAGCCUACGGAAGAUACAAGAUCUGAAAUUGUUGACACUACCAUUACACGGUUUACAAUUUUCUUGGAGAUUGGCAAUUUCUUGUUGGAGAAGUUCUGUCGUGCAUCUCGAGUACAGAAAACAUUGCAAGUUUCAUCUGACAAUAUUGGAUGGUUGCCGGGCACUCCUGGCAUGCCUGGUGUGGAGGAUGGUACAGCACUUUAA